ACAUUCAUUUACACCCACGAAACGAAUGGCGCUGUCCAAUCCCGGUGGAAAACUUGGACCAGUCCGUCCGACGCUCGCCAGGGCUGCGAGCAACUUCCCAAACGGGUCCCCGGCGCCCUGGGCGACGACACCGAUUGCAAGGGACGGGAGCACGAGAAUCGUUGAUGGAGUCCUCGAACUCUCUGACGGGACGGCCUAUCGAGGCACUAGCUUCGGUGUCGAGGGCAAGAGCGUCGCAGGAGAAUGUGUCUUCCAGACAGGCAUGGUCGGUUAUACCGAGUCUCUGACCGAUCCGUCCUACGAGGGUCAAAUCCUUAUCCUCACGUACCCGCUGAUCGGCAACUACGGUGUUCCCUCGCGCGAAGAGAGGCCGGUCGACGAAAUCCCGCUCGACUUCGAAUCGUCGCGUAUACACGUCGCCGCCGUAAUCGUUGGCUACUAUUCGGAAGAUUACAGCCACUUCCUCGCCUCUUCCUCGCUCGGGGCAUGGCUAAAAGAGCAAGGUGUACCCGCCCUGUACGGUGUAGACACCCGUGCGCUCACCAAAAGGAUCCGCGAGAAAGGUUCCAUGCUUGGGAAAGUCCUCGCUAGGCGCGGAGAUGCCCCAGAAGAGCGUAGGAGGUCACUCGUUCCCGGAUCCGUGCCAGCAUCACGCGCCCCUUCCCCUCCUGCCUUGGGUACAUGGAGAGAAGACUAUCUGGACGUCCCCUUUUCAGAUCCGAACGCGCAGAACCUUGUCCAGGUGGUGUCUUGCAAGGAAGCGCGAGUCCACAAACCGACGGUCGAGCCUCGCCUGCACCCCUCAGGACGUCCGCUUCGCGUCGUCGCAGUAGACGUUGGGAUGAAGUUCAACCAGAUUCGCUGCUUCACCCAUCGCGGCAUCGAGCUCAAAGUUGUACCGUGGGACUACGACUACCUCGCGGCAUCCGAGGAGCCCUUCGAUGGCCUCUUCAUCUCCAACGGACCGGGCGACCCCACCAUGGUUCCGGAGACGAUUGCUCGUCUGCGUAAAGCACUCGAGAAGGGCGAUAAGCCCAUCUUCGGUAUUUGCUUGGGCCAUCAGCUCCUGGCGCUCGCGGCCGGUGCCCAAACGUCGAAGAUGAAGUACGGUAAUCGCGGCCACAACAUUCCCUGCACGGAUGCACUGAGCGGGCGUUGCUAUAUCACGAGUCAGAACCACGGAUAUCAGGUCGACACCACGACCUUACCGAAGGGCUGGAAGGAACUUUUUAAGAACGCGAAUGAUGGCAGUAACGAGGGUAUCUACUGCGAAGACAAGCCUUUCUUCUCCGUCCAGUUCCACCCCGAGUCGACGCCCGGUCCUCGUGAUACCGAGUUCCUGUUUGACGUCUUCAUUCAGAACAUCGUCGACAUCGUCAACACCGGUGUGCCCCACCCUAUCUCAAUGCCUGGAGGCUUCAAGGCAGAGAAUGAAGCGCGUACGCCUCGGGUGGACGUGCGUAAGGUGCUCAUCCUCGGCUCGGGUGGUCUUUCCAUCGGCCAGGCAGGCGAGUUCGACUAUUCAGGCUCGCAGGCGAUCAAGGCGCUGAAGGAGGAGGGCGUAUACACCGUGCUCGUCAACCCGAACAUCGCGACCAUCGCGACGUCCAAGGGCCUCGCCGACAAGGUCUACUUCCUACCCGUCACCCCCGAGUUUGUGCGCAAGAUCAUCAAGUACGAGAAGCCGGACGGUAUUUACGUCACUUUCGGCGGCCAGACCGCGCUCAACGUCGGAAUCAAGCUGAAGGACGAGUUCGCGAGCCUCGGUUGCCUGGUGCUUGGCACGCCGAUCGACACCAUCAUCACGACGGAGGAUCGCCAGCUGUUCGCGAGCGCGAUGGAGGAUAUCGGGGAACGGUGCGCGAUGAGCAGGACGGCGACAACGCCGCAGGAGGCCGUGGCGGCUGCGGAGGAGAUUGGCUUCCCGGUCAUCGUCCGUGCGGCAUACGCGCUUGGUGGCUUAGGGUCCGGUUUUGCGCAGAACGAGGAGCAGUUGAGGGCGCUUUGCAGCAAGGCGUUCGCGACGAGCCCGCAGGUGCUCGUGGAGAAGAGUAUGAAGGGCUGGAAGGAGAUCGAAUACGAGGUUGUGAGGGAUUGCAGGGACAACUGCAUCACGGUUUGCAACAUGGAGAACUUCGACCCUCUAGGUAUCCACACCGGGGACUCGAUUGUUGUGGCUCCCUCUCAGACGCUCUCGGAUGCGGAUUACAACAUGCUCCGGACGACUGCCAUCAACGUUAUCCGCCACCUUGGCGUCGUGGGCGAGUGCAACAUCCAGUAUGCUCUGAACCCGACAUCGAAGGAGUAUUGCAUCAUCGAGGUCAACGCUCGUCUGUCCCGUUCAUCCGCCCUGGCUUCCAAGGCCACCGGAUAUCCUCUGGCGUUUAUUGCGGCCAAGCUUGGUCUCAAUAUACCUCUCAACGAGAUCAGGAACUCGGUCACGAAGGUUACCUCGGCGUGCUUCGAGCCUAGUCUCGAUUACGUGGUCGUUAAGAUCCCAAGAUGGGACCUCAAGAAGUUCAACCGCGUCAGCCGGCUCCUCAGCAGUAGCAUGAAGUCCGUCGGCGAGGUGAUGAGCAUUGGCCGAACCUUCGAGGAAACUAUCCAGAAGGCCAUCCGUGCUAUCGACGAUCAGUUCUCUGGGUUCUCGAAGAACGAUCUCGUAGAUGACAUCGACGAGGAGUUGGUCAACCCUACCGACAAGCGUAUCUUUGCCAUUUCGACGGCGUUCCAUCUAGGAUACUCAGUCGACAAGAUCUGGCAAAUGACGAACAUCGACAAGUGGUUUCUGACAAGGCUCAAGUAUAUCUUCGAUAUGGAGCAGCACCUUUCAACCUGUACGUUGUCGACCAUCGGACCCGAUCUGCUUCGUCAAGCAAAGCAACUUGGGUUCUCCGACAGGCAGCUCGCGACCUGCGUGGGAUCCACGGAGCUUGCGCUUAGGCGUUUGAGACAGGAAAAUGGCAUUGCACCCUACGUCAAGCAAAUCGAUACUGUCGCAGCAGAGUUCCCCGCGUUCACAAAUUACCUCUACACCACCUACAACGCGGUCGAACACGACGUUACGUUCAUCGACCAAGGCAUCAUGGUGCUCGGAUCCGGUGUUUACCGUAUCGGUUCUUCCGUCGAGUUCGACUGGUGCGCCGUCCGGGCGAUCCGCACGAUCCGCGACCAAGGCCUCCCGACUGUCAUGGUCAACUACAACCCAGAGACCGUCAGUACCGACUACGACGAAGCCGACAGGCUUUACUUCGAGAACAUCAGUCUCGAAACGAUCCUCGACAUCUACGACACGGAACGAUCUCGCGGAGUCAUCUUGUCCAUGGGUGGCCAGACGCCGAACAACAUCGCGCUCCCGCUUCAUCGCCAGAACGUCCGGAUAUACGGUACAUCUCCCGAAAUGAUUGACACUGCAGAGAAUCGGUACAAGUUCUCGCGCAUGUUGGACAACAUCGGCGUCGACCAGCCGCAGUGGAAGGAGCUGACAACCAUGGACGAAGCUCACGCCUUCUGCGACAAGGUUGGCUACCCGGUGCUUGUUCGGCCGUCCUACGUGCUCUCCGGCGCCGCCAUGAACGUGGUAUCAAGUCCGAACGACCUGGUCAACUACCUCAGCCAAGCCACCGCCGUGUCUCGAGAGCACCCCGUGGUCAUCACGAAGUACAUCGAACAGGCAAAGGAAAUCGAGAUGGACGCCGUUGCCAAGGAUGGAAAACUGAUCAUGCACUACAUCUCUGAGCACGUCGAGAACGCCGGCGUUCACUCUGGUGACGCGACCUUGAUUCACCCUCCGCAGGAUCUCGACCCGGCAACAGUCCGCCAGAUCGAGGAAGCUACAGCUAAGAUCGGGAAUGCUCUCAACGUCACUGGGCCCUACAACAUCCAGUUCAUCGCGAAGAAUAACGAGAUCAAGGUCAUCGAGUGCAACCUGCGUGCUGCGAGGUCUUUCCCCUUCGUCUCCAAGGUCACCGGCGUCGAUGCGAUUGAGAUGGCUACCAAGGUCAUGCUCGGACUCCCGGUCGAGCCUUAUCCCGAGCUCAACCUCCCACCGGACUAUGUCGGCGUUAAGGUACCCCAGUUCAGUUUCAGCCGAUUGUCUGGCGCGGACCCCGUACUCGGAGUCGAGAUGGCCUCGACUGGAGAGGUGGCAUGCUUCGGAAAGGACAAGUACGAGGCAUACCUAAAGGCGCUCAUAUCCGCCGGUAUCCUGCCGCCGAAGAAGAACAUCCUCUUCUCUAUCGGUGGAUACAAGGAGAAGCUCGAGCUGCUCCCCUCUGUUCAGAAGUUGGUCGCCGCCGGUUACAAUAUCUUUGCGACUUCGGGUACGGCAGAUUUCCUCGAGGAGCACAACGUUCCCUGCAAGUACCUAGAGGCAUUGGGUGACGACAGUCGUGAGCAGAAAUCCGAAUACUCGCUUACGCAACAUCUCGCGAACAACCUCAUCGAUAUGUAUAUCAACCUUCCGUCGAGGAACCACUACCGGCGUCCGGCGAACUACAUCAGCAAGGGUUAUCGCAGCCGUCGUAUGGCCGUGGAUUUUGCCAUCCCGCUGAUCACGAACGUCAAGUGCGCCAAACUCCUCGUCGAGGCGCUUGUUCGGAGGUUACCGUUGGAUGUGUCUUCCAUCGACUCGAAGAGCUCACACACGACUCAUACCCUUCCUGGCCUCGUCAACGUUGCAGCAUUCCUUCCCGAUGUCCUCGAUGCUAGUGGCAAUGAGUACGCGGAGGCGAUGACAGCCUCCUUGAAGGGAGGCUUCACCACCGCUCUCCUACUUCCCGUAGGAGACAAGAACAUCAUCGGGGAUCGGUCAUCGUUAGAGCGUGCUCACGCGAAGGUGGCUACCUCGGCGCAUUGCAACUACGCCAUCAGCAUCGCGGCGACCGCCUCCAACGCCAAAACAUUCGACGAGGAGAUACUGACGGACGUCAAGUAUUUGUUCGUUCCUCUCAGAGGCGAGCAUCUCUUGACCUCAACCGCUACCGUCGCCGCACAUUUCUCGUCAUGGCCUAAUGACAGACUCGUCGUGACGGAUGCCGAAGGGUCAAAUCUCGCCUCUGUCCUCCUCCUUGCGAGUCUGUACAACCAGCCCUUGCACGUCACUGGAGUCCGCAGUAAAGACGACUUGCUGCUGAUUUCCCUUAGCAAGGCUAAGCAGCUUCAGGUUACCUGCGACGUCGCGGUGUACUCCCUCUUCUACAGUACAGCCGACUUCCCCGAGAGCAAGGUUCUGCCUUCGCCUGAAGAUCAGAAGGUCCUCUGGCAGAACCUCGACGCGAUCGACGUCUUCUCCAUUGGAGCUGCGCCUUUCCGCCUCGCCACAGAACAAGGUCAAUCGGCUUCCGCAGCGUCCGGUUGCGAGGAGACAUUACCGCUCCUGCUUUCUGCGGUUUCCCAAGGCCGCCUCACGUUCGACGACAUCAAGCGUCGCUUGCAUGACAAUCCGGUCAAGAUCUUCGCUCUGCCUGAGCAAGUUAGCACACACGUCGAGGUCGUUAUCGGUCGUCAAGCCGCCUUCAAGGGGCGCAACUCCUGCUGGUCGCCUCUCUCUGGCAGCCGCAUCUCCGGCGUGCUGCAUAGACUUGUCGUUCAUGGUCAGACGGUACUGCUCGACGGGAACUUGUCGACGUACCCAGUGGGCAGGGACAUCUCCGGUGCGACGAUUAGUCACCCGAAGGUGGAGCGGCGGGCGUCGAUCUCCAAGCCGGAGGGUGUCGUCGCGCUCUCUUCCCCGCGCCCGAAGUUACAGGAGCUGCCUUCGAGCCAAGACGCGGCGACGCUCGCAUCGCUGCAAGGUCCGAUCCUGUUCCAGGACAUCAAGCCGCACCCGACUUUCCAUCGCCGUCACAUCCUUUCCGUCAAGCAAUUCACGCAGAAGGACCUGUACGAUCUCUUCGCCAUUGCGCACGAGAUGCGGCUGCAGGUCGAGCGCAGUGGUACGCUCGACAUUCUCAAGGGCAAGGUGCUCUGCACGCUGUUCUACGAGCCGUCGACGCGGACUAGCUCCUCCUUCGACGCGGCGAUGAAGAGAUGCGGUGGAGAGGUGAUCAACGUGAACGCGGACCAGUCGUCUGUGACGAAGGGCGAGAGUCUCGCGGACACGAUACGCACGCUCGGGUGCUACGCUGACGGCAUCGUCAUUCGUCAUCCGGCCGUAGGCAGCGCGCAGACGGCAGCCAAGUUUUCACCUGUACCCAUCCUGAACGCGGGAGACGGCGUUGGCGAGCAUCCGACGCAGGCGCUCUUGGACGUCUACACGAUACGCUCCGAACUUGGUACCGUGAACGGCCGGACGAUCACGCUCCUUGGAGACCUCAAAAACGGGCGCACCGUGCACUCGCUGGUGACACUGCUGUGCCUAUACAGCGUCCGCCUCAACUUCGUGGCGCCCGCAUCGCUCGCGAUGCCGCACUCUGUCGUCCAGGCAGCACGCAAGGCCGGUGUACACGUCACGAUCACGGACUCGCUCGAGGAAGUCCUCAGCGAUACGGAUGUGUUGUACGUCACGCGCGUGCAGAAAGAGCGGUUCACCAGCGAGGCCGAGUGGGAGCAGGUCAAGGACGCCUACAAGAUCGACCAUGCCCUGCUGGCACGCGCGAAGGAGGAUAUGAUCGUCAUGCACCCACUGCCGAGGGUCAACGAAAUCGAUCCCGAGGUCGACUUCGACUCGCGAAGGGCGGUGUACUUCCGACAGAUGCGUUACGGUCUAUUCGUUCGCAUGGCGCUACUCGCAAGCGUGUUGGGAUAAAACAAAAGCGACUCGGGGGUUUGGACGUUCAUAACGAACGUCGGAGAAUAUGUCGCGUGGGACCCAGGAACCAUGAAAAACACUGAACUCAAUGUACGACUAACUACAUGUCAUCUACACAUCUACGUAUCAGUAGAGUGCAGCGCUUCGAAGCAGCAAAAAUGUACGGUAGAUAUUACCUGUAAUGUAAUCGAUGUAGC